CAACUGUGUGUAUAGCGAGCUCAGUUCAGCAUCGCAGGCUGAGACAGCUGCUGUGUAUCCAGUGCUGACAUGGAUACCACCACUGGCUUUUGUUGAAACUGUUCACCAUAACAUCAAGCUGGGAAGCUAAAACUAGGGAAGCCCGCGGACAGGACCGAUAAUUUCUUGCAUGGGUGCCCUCAAGGGAUAGCCACUAUUCAGCCAUGUCCAAAAGCCUGAAGAAGAAAAACCACUGGACCAACAAAGUCUACGAGAGUGUCAUUUGCAGGAAUAAGGAAGGGGAGCUUGGGUUCGAGUUGAAGGGAGGCGCGGAGAAUGGACAGUUCCCUUAUAUUGGGGAGGUUAGGCAAGGCAAGGUGGCCUGCCAGAGCGGCAGACUGUCCCAAGAUGAACUACUCCUUGAGGUCAAUGAAACGCCAGUGGCCGGACUAACCAUCAGGGACGUACAUGCAGUGGUUAGACACAGCAAAGACCCUGUCCGCCUUAAGUGUGUCAAACAAGGGGGCGUCAUAGACAAGGACCUGCGUCACUACCUCAACCUGCGCUUCCAGAAGGCCUCAGUGGACCACGAGCUCCAGCAAAUCAUUAGAGACAACCUCUACCUCCGCACCAUACCCUGCACAACCAGGCAGCCCAAGGAAGGAGAGGUCCCAGGGGUGGACUACAACUUUGUGACUGUUGAUCGGUUUAUGGAAUUGGAGAAAAGUGGAGCCUUACUAGAGAGCGGAACUUAUGAAGAGAACUAUUACGGUACCCCCAAGCCCCCGUGCGAGCCCAGUCCUCUGCUGCUAAAUGUAACAGAUCAGCUCCUGCCGGGCGCCCGACCCAGCUCCAAGGGGAAGAGGAAACGGAACAAGUCGGUCAGCAACAUGGAGAAGGCCGGCAUCGAGCCACCCGAGGAUGAGGAGGAGGAGAGACCCGUUGUCAAUGGCAACGGCAAUGGCAUCACCCCAGAGUCCAGCGAACAUGAAGACAAGAGUACAGAUGUCUCCUCGGGGGACGUCCCCGACCUGUCCCCCACCGAGACCCCCACCACCCCUAACAACGAGGUCCCCCAGGAGGAGGGGGGCGAGCUAACCAAGUCACCCCCCAAACCAGAUGAGAAUGAGAGUGAGCUUGGCCCCCUGCCAGAGAACUGGGAGAUGGCCUACACAGAGAAGGGAGAGGUGUACUUUAUCGACCACAACACCAAGACGACGUCGUGGCUGGACCCGCGGCUGGCGAAGAAGGCGAAGCCACCAGAAGAAUGCAAAGAGGACGAGCUGCCGUAUGGCUGGGAGAAGAUCGAUGACCCUAUUUACGGAAGUUACUAUGUGGACCACAUAAACAGACGGACACAGUUUGAGAACCCAGUCUUGGAAGCCAAGAGGAGAGUCCAGCAACACCAGCAAAUGCAAGAGCAGGGUCUGUCCUCGCUGCCCCUACCUACUAUCUACAGAGAGAAGCCCCUGUUCACACGGGACGCCACCCAGCUGAAGGGCAGCUUCCUGUCCACGGCCCUGCAGAAGAGCAACAUGGGUUUUGGCUUCACCAUCAUCGGAGGAGACGAGCCAGAUGAGUUCCUGCAGGUCAAGAGUGUCAUACCUGACGGCCCCGCUGCACAGGACGGAAAGAUGGACACAGGUGAUGUCAUCGUGUACAUCAAUGACGUGUGUGUCCUGGGCACCACCCAUGCCGACGUGGUCAAGCUGUUCCAGUCAGUGCCCAUCGGGCAGAGCGUAACCCUGGUACUUUGCCGUGGCUACCAGCUGCCCUACGACCCCGAGGACCCGGGCGCCAGCGCCGGUGCCACCACCACCCUCCUCUCCCCCCUGGGCCUGAUGGAGCAGCGCCCCCUCCUGGUCAAUGGACGCUCCAACUACGACAGCUACAUGGACUACAUCUCGCGCACGGCACGUUUCGUCCAGGAGCACGGUGACCAACAUCUCAACGCCCACCACCACCAUCAACCCCCUCCGCCGCCACACCCCGGCGACACCCACCUGGACGGCUCCUCCCUGACGCCCGGCGGGCCACACGGCGAGGACUCUGUGUCCAUGGCGUCAUCGGGGGCGACGCAGGCGGAGCUGCUGACGCUGACCAUGGUGAAGGGGGCGGAAGGGUUCGGGUUCACCAUUGCAGACAGCCCUACGGGCCAGAGGGUGAAGCAGGUGCUGGAGCCUCAGGGGUGUCCUGGUCUGUGUGAGGGGGACCUGAUCAUAGACAUCAACCAGCAGGGAGUGCAGGGCCUCAGUCACACCCAGGUGGUGGAGCUGCUCAAGGAGUGUGCCAUCGGGGCUGAGACAAGCCUGGUCAUCCAGAGGGGUGGAGGAGGUCACUAUUCACCCUGGAAGACCCCUAAACAGGUAUUGGAGCAGUGGGACGCGGCCCAAGGCCAGGGAGGGGGUCAGGGCAGCCCCCAGACCAGUCUGUCUGCCCCCGUUGUCCCCCACAACGCCCCCUUCCUGACCCGCCACCUCCACAGGGCCUCAGUCCCAGACUCUGCCCUCCCCGAGGGCUUUGAUCUGAGCAGGCCCGACCCCUAUGACCUCUAUGAGAAGUCCAGGGCUAUCUAUGAGAAUAGUAGGCAGCCAGGCCUGCCACGGACCAUCUUCUCUGUGGACCACUCAGGGGCAGAGUACCAGGAGGUGGAGGUGCACCUGAGGAGGCAGAAGUCCGGCUUCGGCUUCCGCAUCCUUGGGGGAGACGAGGCGGGUCAGCCUGUGAGUCCGGACACCCGUGAGAAGAUCCUGAUUGGGGCCAUCAUAGAGAAGAGCCCUGCGGACAGAGAUGGGCGCCUGCGGCCAGGCGAUGAGCUCAUCUUCGUGGACGGGAUCCCGGUGGCGGGGAAGCCCCACCGCUACGUCAUCGACCUGAUGCACGGCGCCGCCCGCAAUGGACAGGUCAACCUCACCAUCAGGAGGAGGCUACAUGGCCCAGGAGAGCCGUGUCCAGAGAACGGCCAGCCCGGCUCUGUGUCCACCCAGCACAGCUCCCCACGCAGCGACUUCACCAACGUCACGUAUCCUGGCAACAACGCAGGCCCACCCACUGACGCCAUGGGUACAGGUAGCACCACAGAUGGAGAGCCGACCUCCAGCGUGCAGCAGCCACCGAGUGAUGUCAUUAUCCACCGCAAGGAGAGUGAAGGGUUUGGAUUCGUCAUCAUCAGCUCGCUCAACCGGCCCGAGACCGCCGCCGCCAUCAGCGUGCCCCAUAAGAUUGGGCGUAUCAUCGACGGCAGCCCGGCGGACCGCUGUGGCAAACUGAAGGUGGGUGACCGCAUCCUGGCGGUGAACAGCCAGUCCAUCAUCAACAUGCCCCACGCCGACAUCGUUAAGCUCAUCAAGGACGCCGGCCUCAGCGUCACCCUCCGGAUCAUACCACAGGAAGAGCUGAGCCCGUCAGCCCCUAGCUCACAGAAACAGAGCCCAGCAGUGACCCAGCAGCACAGUCCUCAGGCCCAGCCCAGUCCCACCGUGGGCCAGCCCAGCCCUGCUGUCACCCAGCCCAGCCCUGCAGUCACUCAGCCCAGCCCUGCAGUCACCCAGCCCAGUUCCCUGACCCACCAGAGCCCCAUCACACACCCCAGCCCCCCACCCCAGAUCUACACCCACGACAGCAGUUACAGGUCAGAGGUGAAAGCGAGGCAGGAUGUAAAACCGGACAUCCGACAGCCUCCAUUCACAGACUACAGACAGCCCCCGUUGGACUACAGACACCCUCCUGUAGCAGACUACCGCCAGCCACCCACCCUGGACUACAGACACCCUCCUCUGAUGGACUACAGACAGCUGUCCACUGACCCCAGGCACUUCCCUAUGCCUGUGCCCCACGACUACAGACAGAUCCAGCCACAGAUGCCACAAGUAUACCAGGACUUUGACUUCUUCACCGUGGAGCUGGAGAAGAGUGUGAAGGGGUUUGGCUUCAGUAUCCGUGGAGGGAGGGAGUACAAGAUGGACCUGUUUGUCCUGCGACUGGCCGAGGACGGACCCGCCAUCCGCAACGGGAGGAUGAGGGUAGGGGACCAGAUCAUUGAGAUCAAUGGGGACACCACCAGGGACAUGACCCACACCCGGGCCAUCGAGCUCAUCAAGUCAGGGGGCCGGCGGGUGCGUCUACUCCUGAAGAGAGGCACAGGGCAGGUCCCAGAGUAUGACAGUACCUCCCCCUGGGAUGCACGCCCUUCAGCCUCCCCAAGUCUGUCGGAAGUAGCCCUGCCCCCAGACACCCUGACCAUGCCAUCGCCCUCAUCUCAUCUGACCCCGCCCCAGCAGCCCCCAGGCCCCGACCUGGCUCGCCUGCCACCGCAGGAGGUCCCGUGGGAGCCGGCGGCGCAAGAGAGCAGGAGGGUGGAGCGCUCCCAGAGCCCCCGGAAGGCCUCGACCGAGCCGCAUAAUCCGGAUCAGACCGGCCACGGGAGGAGGGCCCGGGACCAGCCCAGUGGGAGGAGGGCCCGGGACCAGCCCAGUGGGAGGAGGGCCCGGGACCAGCCCAGUGGGAGUGGUUGCAGUAGUGGGAGGGCCAAGCAGAAGGAAGUUGGCAGGUCCACCUGCAGAGGGAGCGGCCCCAAAGACGGAGGGCCGGUGGGGAGGGAUGAGCUGCUACCUGGGGGAGGGGAGCCCAAAAGCUCCUCCAGGGGGAGGUCUAAGGAGAGGAUAGCUGGGGAGAGCAGUAGCACGUCCAACGGGAAAAGAGAACCCACACAGUCCCCGACGAAAAACUCCCAGCCCUCAUACACAAACUCUAAUGGGAACGACGGCAGCGGUGGUGGUACUCAGAGCGGCAGCAGCAGUCACCCAGACGUUGGGCAUCAGGGGGAGCCGGGGCAGGAGAAGCCCAGGCCCAGAGAGGCAGAGAGGGGCCCUGGAGAGACCCGGCCCUGCCGCCCCACCAAGAGCACCAGCAGCGGCAGCGCAGUAGUAGGUAGGAAGGCCACCGUGUCCCCUGGGCCCUGGAAGAUCCCCGGCUCUGACAAGCUGCCCAGCACCCUGCGCUCGGGCACGUCCACUGUGAGCAGAUAACACCUUGGAGUAUACCCACUACCAGACCCCCAGGCCGGGCUACACUAAGCCUGGCUAGCCCCUUCAUUGUCUCCCCUCGCCCUGCCUCCACUCCCCCACCUUCUAGACCUCAGAUGUAAAGGGGGGUUCCUCCAUGCGUUUUUAGAGAACCAUUUUUAUUUAUAUUGUACUCUAAAUUAUUUUGAGAGAUAUUUUACACCGACCACCUUAAGAACUGGAAAGCAUCCACUUAAAAAUUCAAAACAAGAAGAAACCAAGCAGAAUGUGUGUAGCGUGACGGGAUCCUUGAGCAGUGUUAAGGGGUUCGAAUACAGGAAGUUCAUUUGGAAGUGCUCAAAUCCCCACAGCACUCCAGUCCAGGACGUACAUGCAAAUUGAACCACUCACCGAUUGGUUGACUGUGACACUGCAGUUUUUUUAUACAACGGAGUCUAUUUUAUGAAAGGAAUGUUGAAGAGGGUUUGCCUGUUUUUGUGUAUUUUGAAAAGAGAGAAUGAAAACCAGAACUAGAAAAAGAGUAUACGCAUUAAUGGAACUUUGCCUUAAAUAAGAGACUGUAAGAGACUGAAGAAGCUAUCCUGAGGAAUCUAUCAAAUGGUAUAGAAAUAAAUCUAUUAUAUGAUGAGUAUUAAUAUGUGGGACGUGAUCAUCUCUAAUCCCUACCUAGUCGGGCCAAUGGUAGUUCUGAGACGCCUCAUAAGCUAGACGAGUGAAGGAACACAACACGGUUUUUCAACACUCCCUUAUAACUCCACAGCCCAGCCUAUGAUAUUGCAUUUCUAGUCUGUGUGGACCCAUUCUACGAGACUGCAGUGGACUCUAAGGGCUGUUCGUGCUUGAAUCAUCAACGGUUGGGUCACAGGAGAUACAUCUCCCCCUCACUGUGCUUCGCGAACAAAGCAAUUUGCUGAGGUUUGUCUGGUGGAGAGAGUGAAGGCUCAUGGGAUAUCGGGGCAGAGUGCCUUACGAUCAGGGACAGACGGACAGAGAGGUCUGUUAUGGACUUAAAGAACCUAGAACACUCUCUAGGCUGAUGUGGUUCAAUCCAGGCUGCUACCGUACAGUCAAUACCAAUGUCCCAAUAUUCAUAUACAUCUGUGCCAUGACGGACAUUCAUGUUUUUAUAUCUGAUUGUUGAAAUUUGUUCACUAUAUUUACAGACCCCACAGUAUUUCUUUGGUCAGAAAACAUUAGCAAAUCUUUCCAUUUCCUUACAGAUUGAAGAUAGUUCCACAACUUUGUGGGGUUCUGUUGGUAUCUCAUCGUCAGAUAUCGAAACGUCUAGGCAGAACAUCUCUAACAGAUGGUGUAAUCGUGUUUGGGUGAAAAUAUGGCAAGUGUAUGAAAGCAGGAAACUACACUAGUAUUUCUGGUGGGGAUCAGAGAGAGAGAGAAACAUUGCCAUUUGUCACGAGCUUAUUCAUCACAAUGUGUCUAAUGGUCUGUGGCUUCACUUAACGCUGUUCAUUUACACAAGACAUGAAACACUUUUAUCUCCCAAAGACACAUAUUUAUACAUUACAACUGACAACUGUCUUGAAUAUUCAUUUCCACAUUUGUUUAGUCUCUAAGUGAUGCCGUCUACAUAGCCAGCUACAUUAAUAUACUGUAUAUAUACACACAUCUCUCUCUACCAGAUUGUGUCCCAAUUAACUUCGGAACUCUAGACAGUGGAGGCUCUGUCAGUGGCUCUGUCUGAACUUUACUGUCACCAGUUUACACAGAUACACAGUUAGACACACACACACACACACACACACGUCCCUCAGAACCGCCUUGUCAUCCGAUGACUAAGGCAGAGUUUUUUGUUUUUUAAACUCUCUCAAACCCUCUCUCUGGCCCUGGGACUCACAGAAGCUAAUUCAUCUGUCGCUCUGAUGACUAUUAUACUGUACAUGGAGAUGUGGAGAGACUACAAUCAUCUAGACAUGAUGAUCAUUGACAGACACAAGAAUCAUUCUUGGCGAUAAAAGAAAAGUCAUUAAGGAGCAAUCUGAAUGUGUCCCCUUUAGUUUCUGCAGACAUCUGAUUUUUGAGUGGUAAUUUGCAGUGUGUCGAGCUAACAAUCCAGCAAAGAGAGGACGACAUUGGCAGAACAAAGCUGUCCCCCUCGGGUGGAAGAAAUGCAGACAGUCUUUCAGAAUAGGAAUGAUACGAGAGAGGUGAGUGAUGCUCGGGGGCCGUUGGAAUUUCUAUUUACGAGAGGAAAAAAUACUUAUUUAAAGCACAAAGUGGUUCAGAGAAUUGCCAUAUAAAUUGUGCUGGGGAACUGACCCUGAGUAGACAGGAGUCUGUGGCUCAGCUGCUGUCUGGGCCUGUUUGAAUACUUUCACAAUGCAUCCUUCCUCUCUUCUUUCUCUCUUUUCUAACAUUGUGUAAGAACAGUAGUUACUUCAAGUAAGUAGGCAGCAGGUAGCCUAGAGGUUCAGAACGUUGGGCCUGUAACUUAAAGGUUGCUGGUUUGAAUCCUGAGCCGAUUAGGUGGAAAAUCUGCCCAUGUGCCCUUGAGCAAGGCACUUCACCAUAAUUGCUCCGGAUAAGAGCAUCUGUUAAAUGACAAUAAAGACAUAUAUAAUAAUGUAAAGCAGGUACAUGUUCAUUCAUGUUAAGUGUCACUGGUUACUUCAAGAAAGGAUUCAUUUGAACAGUGCCACUGUGUUCACCCCACACACAACCAUUCCUAUAGUGUCUGGCCAGUCCUGACUGUAUACUGCACCUUCAUCACUAAGCCUAUCAUGACUUCUGUGUAGACUAGAGACAAGGGAGAAUGUCCUUCCUUCGUUGCACAGUUCUCCGCUUUCUCUCGUCAGAGCAGUCCCCCAUUGAGGCAAAUAUCAGUACUUUUCUAUGGGCAGAUCAGAAGAGAUAGGUAUAUCUAAAACGGUGAGUGUGUUGAAGACUGACGGCAUGUACAAUACAUGAACCCCCUGAGCCUACCUAAUGCAGCAGGGUAUCACUGUGUAGUGUUAUUAUUAGCCGUGUUAUUGACCUUGUACAGGUGUGUCGCUAUUAUAAAUAUGACUCGAUGUAUUAUUAUGGAUAGUCCCAGACUAUUAGUGAACGGCCUAUUUUUAUGAAAUGCAACACUAUGGAUAUAUUAACUUUUGCAGAAAUCUUGUUUACCGUAAUGAUAUUCUGAAAUGCUGUCAAAUAAAAUUUUGACUCUGUGUAAAGUA